AUGCGAUCAAGAACAGGAUGUUUGACAUGUCGCAAUCGCAAGCUCAAAUGCGAUGAGCAAAAGCCGGUUUGCGGACAGUGCACAAAAGCUAGUCGUCAAUGCGUACCUAGUCCAGGUGUUGUCUUCAGACAUCAACAAAAUGCAUCCAUGAAUGGAUCCGGCACGAGUAAUGUUGAAGGCGGCCUCAAGAGAUUCUAUGGCUACAAAGAAACGUUCAACAAGAACAGUGUCUGGGUGGACAUUCCGCGUAACCUCACAUUUGUGCACACCACCAACCCCUACAACGAUCCGGACACAUCGCACUUCCACACAGUUUCGGAGAUGACAGAUACCGAGCCACGGAUAGAUCAUACCUGGAACACCACAGCCGAGUAUCCCUAUCCGUUCAUGCCGAGUUCGACCCACGGACUAGAGGCAUUGUCUGCCGCAGCUUCAGGUGACCAUUACCUCCAGAAUGACACUCGACGAACAGGCGUAUCGGAAUCUUUCUCGCCACCUAUAGACCCGAGACUCGAUACGGAGCUGUCAGAGACAUGCAUGAGCUUGUUCGAGCCUCAAUCAGAUACUGGGCCGACUGAUUUCGAUCCGAAAAACGACGAGGAUGUACCCUUCCUGCUACGUCACUUCUCGGAAGGACCGGGUGAAUGGAUGGAUCUCUUUGAUCUCGGGUCGUUCUUUGCAGUCGACGUACCACUAAAAGCGGCUUCCAGCUCUCUGCUACUUUACGCGUCCAUUGCAUUGUCGGCCAAGGCUCUGGGGAGAACUAGGAUCACAGCACAGCAACCCAAAGGCUCCGGCUCAAAGCGUACCCCAGCGGAAUGGUCACACAAGGCUCGAUACUACUACGAUCAAGCAAUUACACUGCUUAGACAAGCGCUCGAGAACGAAACCAGACAUGCAUCCGCCGGCCAACAAUCACCAACUACGGCCGUGGGAACGACAGACGCCGUAACAGGAAUUGACAUUGAUCAUCAUUCACCAUCUCCGCCAGUCCCUUCUCGACCGGACACGGAUGAGCUGAUCGCCACAACAGCCAUACUUUGUGUGUUCGAAUUCCUCGAUGCAUCAGGCACAGAAUGGUCAAGGCAUUUGGACGGUGCCAAAAGUUUGUUCGAUAUCGCCAAAGACGGCACAAUGCCUCUAUCGAAUGCGGCUACGGAUCAAAGCCCAAUACUCACCUCUAGGCCAACCACUUCCUCGAAGGGACGUCGAGCCGUGUUCUGGAACGUUUGUCGGCAGGAAAUGUUGAAUGCCUUCAUAAACAAUACGAAUACUAGGCUGGAUACAAUGGAUCUGUAUAUGUGGCGAUAUGCUGGACUGCACAUCUCGCAGGCAGGAUACAUCUUGCCAUCGAACGAUCCAGCAGUACAUGAACCAAUGGCCGACGACAUGGUAUCAAACGCAUUGAUCUGGCUCAUGAUGAAACUGGUCAACUUCAUUUCUGCUGGUGACGAAUUUCCCCACGAGAUGGGCCUGGGUGUCCGUCAGAUAGCAUUGUUAGAGUACUGGCAAGGCCUGGAACGGCAAUUGGACAUAUGGUUUGAGGGAUUGCCACAUAGCUUCAGACCGAGCGCUACAGAAUGGCCUGACAGAAGUAACAACAACGUGAGGAGUGCUACCAAGAUUCCGCUAAAAUGGUUCGCUCGGCCCAUGUGUGCAUCUACGAUGCAAUCAUUCCACUUUGCAAAGAUCCAACUACUCCUCAACAAACCUCACGAAUCUACAGGGACGACGCAUAUCAAAGCAUCAGGCACAGGCAGUAAAGGCAACACGUGGUCUCUAGCUCAACGGCACGCAUCUUAUGCAUCCAUCUUACGACAGAGCAGGAAACAUGCAGAGGAGAUUGUUAGCAUUGGCCUUGGCCUCAAGAAUGACAGUGCGAGAAUCCACAGUGUUCAGCCUUUGUAUACGGCUGGACAGGUACUAGGCAUGCGAGAAUCCAGUGCCAGGCCAUCUCAGGGCGAGGGAAACUCGCCGGACGAAGUCGACGCUAUGCGCGGUUGUGUGUUGAACCUGCUGCAGAGCAUCCAGCGAGAGACAGGAUGGGCGACAGAGUAUCGCAUGCAGCAGCUGCUCGAGGAGUGGGGUCUGCCAAAUGGAUAG